AGGCAAAUUGUAUUUGCCAAACGACUUUUUUCUUUUUCUUGACUAGUUGCCAAUGCCAAAUGACUUAUAAUAUGUAAGGGAUGAGUAUCACCCUUCCCUUGCCAUAUUCCAAUACAAUCUAGCUUCUAUUUUUAUUUGAUCAAUUUUUUUUCACACUUGGUUUCCUAAUUGAAUCUCUUCAGAAUCGCUCACUCACUUUGUUCAAGUGUUAUCUUGGAUACACAGUCGCCGGUCAUUUGCUGUAAAAGGAUCCUAAAGGCUACAUGCCAACAUUCAUUUAAGUCAAUUUUUUUUGUGUGACGUCUAUACCACUAUGGAUCAAAAUCAUUGGGGUCAUCGCUCAUUCUUCUAUCUUACAUGGUGGCAGACAAGGUAACACAAUUAUUAAUAAAUAAAAUCUAGGCACCUCGCUGCAACAACCUUAAAGUCUUACUUACAUAGAUAUGAUAUGUGAUAAUGUUCCACACAAUUUUUUUGAACACCUUACUUUCUUUUACAGUCACAGAUGGCUCCUUUGUAUGUUAGUCUUCACACUCAAACUCUUGUUUUAUGUUAUACAAUAGGAAUCAUUUCCACCCUCCAAAUAAUCCAUAUUGCAAACUCACUAUCAUUUGAAUACCCCUACUUUAAGAAUGGUGAUGUCAAUUGGGAAGGAGAUGCUUCUCCUUAUAAAGGAGCUAUUCAAAUCACUUCUAAUACCCUUGACCAAAACAACAAUUACAGUGUCGGGCGAGUCACAAGUUUCAAACAAAUGCGUCUCUGGGAUUUGAACUCUGGAAACCUCUCUGACUUCACCACCAAGUUUUCCUUUGUCGUAUAUUCAAACAAAAGAGAUUAUGGAGAUGGAAUGGUAUUCUUCUUGGCUGAUCCAGCUCUCCCACUUUUGAAGAAUAUUUCAGAAGGAGGUGGUCUUGGCCUUGUGGAUGGAAAUCAAGUGCUAAAAUCAACUCAGCACUCUUUUGUGGCAGUGGAGUUUGACACCUUCAAUAAUCCAUGGGACCCUCCAGGUGAAGGCACUCAUGUUGGCUUGAAUUUCAACUCUAUGAGGUCUAACAUAACUAAGCCAUGGUUGACAAAUAUUCAAGAACGGAGAGUUUACAAUUGUAGCAUUGAGUACAAAUCAAGCACUCUAAAUUUGAGUGUUUCAUUCACCAUGUAUGAUGAUGAUGAUGAUAAACCAUUUGAAGAGUACAUAUCACACAAGGUUGAUUUGAGAGAUGUCUUACCAGAGAGGGUUAUUGUUGGCUUCUCUGCUGCAACAGGAAUAUUGUAUGAGGUGCAUACUCUCCGAUCAUGGUCAUUUAGUUCAAGUCUACUAAGUGAUGAGACCAAAAAUCAGGUAGUGGCACCGAUCCCCAGUCCUAUAAUUUCUGAAAAAGAAAACAAGAUGGGAUUGAAGGUGGGGCUUGGAAUUGGUACAGGCUUGGCUGUGAGUUUAUCAGGGUUGGUUUGUACUCUAUUAUGGAAGAUGAGUAGAGGGAGAAAAGAAGAGUUUGGUUUUGAUCUCAACAUGGAUGAUGAAUUCCAAAAGGGAUCUGGACCUAAGAGAUUUUCCUACAAUGAACUAGUGAGUGCAACAAAUAAAUUUUCAGAGUCAGGUAAGGUAGGGCAAGGUGGUUUUGGUGGUGUAUACAAAGGUUAUUUGAAAGACUUAAAUUCCUAUGUUGCUGUCAAGAGGAUAUCAAGAGAGUCUAGACAGGGAAUACUAGAAUACGCCACUGAAGUGAAGGUCAUAAGCCAAUUGAGACACAGGAAUUUAGUACAACUUCUUGGUUGGUGCCAUAGGAAGAAUGAUUUUCUUCUUAUAUAUGAGUUCAUGUCAAAUGGAAGCUUAGAUUCUCAUCUAUACAGUAAAAAGAGCUUAUUGACAUGGACAAUGAGGUAUAAUAUAGCAUUGGGCUUGGCUUCAGCAUUGCUUUACCUACAGGAAGAAUGGGAACAGUGUGUGCUUCACAGGGACAUUAAAUCCAGUAACAUUAUGUUGGAUUCAUGUUUCAAUGCUCGGCUUGGUGAUUUUGGUUUAGCUAGGCUUGUAGAUCAUGAGACGGGGUCACAAACCACAAUUAUAGCUGGGACAAGGGGUUAUAUUGCACCUGAAUAUUUCACAUCAGGAAAGCCUACCAAGGAAUCUGAUAUAUUCAGCUUUGGAGUAGUGUUAUUGGAAAUAGCCAGUGGAAGGAAAGCUAUUGAAAGAGAAGAAAAAGAGGGUCAAAUAAGUGUAGUGGAGUGGGUUUGGGAGCUCUAUGGAUUGGGGAAGUUCCUUGAAGCAGUUGAUCCCAAGUUAUGUGGAGCAUUUGAUGAGCAACAACUGGAACGUUUGGUGAUUGUUGGCCUUUGGUGUGUUCAUCCAGAUUAUUCAUUCAGGCCUUCUAUAAGACAAGUGAUUCAGGUUCUCAAAUUUGAGUCUCCUUCACCAAUACUUCCAGAAAAAAUGCCUGUGCCAACCUAUCUUCCUCCAACAAUAAAAGCACUUUUUUCUUCAGUUUCGUCUAUAUAUUGGACAAAUAGUUAGAAAUAGGUAGAGUGUAACAAUCAUUGGAUAACUUCUGUGUAUAGGAACAAAAUAUUUAACAUUAUUAUUUGC